AUGAGUGUUACCCCAGAGGCCAAGAGUCGAGGGCUGGAGUUUGCUGAGGAGCAGCUGCUAAAGCAUGGAUGGACUCAAGGCAAAGGCCUGGACUGGAAGGAGAAUGGCAUCACGCAGCCCCUCAAGGUGACACUGAAGCAAGACAUUCAUGGGGCGGCACACGAUCCUGCCAAAGAAUUUACAAACCACUGGUGGAAUGAGCUCUCCAACAAGACUGCAGCUAACCUGGUGGUGGAAACUGGGCAGGAUGGAGUGAGAGAGGGAACGACUGUAGGGAGUGAGGAGGAAGGAGCUAUAGGGCUUGGGGACCUGAAGAGCAGAGCACAACCUGGUCAGCUUUCCCAGAAGAAGAAGAAAAAGAUGAGGCAGCAUCAUGAAGAGAAAGAGGAGGAGACAGGGGUCUUGGGUAAGGGGCAAAGAGGGAAGGAGGCAGUGAUGGGUAUCAGGGAAAAGGUGGAGAGCAAGGCAUGCACAGACCCAAGCAGAAUCAAGAAGAGAUGGCAGCGUGAGGAGGAUUUGAAUACAGAGGAUGAAGGCGAGGAGACAGCUUUAGGCAGUGAGACUAGGAAAGCAGAAAGCGGAACACACAGUGAGGGAAGUAGCAAGAGAAGCAAGAAGAAGAGACAGCAGCGUCAGGAGGAAGAGGCCUUGGGUGUAUGUGAUGACAAUGAGGUCCAUGCGACUAGGGAAACAGAGAGCAGAGAGGAGAAAAGGAGGCAGCAGCACCGAGAGCAGGAGAGGGCCAAGAAGAAGAAGCAGCAGAGAGACUGA